AGCAUCACUAAUCACAACAAAAGGAGAAAUAAAAUCAAAGUGUCCGGUUAGAUGGAGCUAAGAGCUGAACAUUUUUGAGCUUCUUUCCUUCAUUAUUUUUAGUGAAUCUUCAUGUGUGGACCUCAGAUUUACUUUCACUUUGUUACUUUGUUUUUCAAAUGAAAAACAAAAAAACACGAUGAUGAGGGAGGGGCUGUCCGGUGCCGGAAACUGUUCGGUUGCCUCCGUUAAUCGAUCGGCUCUGAUCGGUGAUCGAUGGUGCGUGCGCAGCCCCGCCUCCCGCUGUGUUGUCUGACCGGAGGAUGAGGAGUCUUUAGGAGGCUAACCGCUAACGCGACGGAGCGGCGGCACCGGGCCCGUUUCUCUCGUCCCUUCAUGUUCUGACGUCGUCCAGCGGAGCCCUCACCGUCACGAACCGGAGCGGACCUCACAUGGCUGCGGCGCGGCGCUGCCGGCGGCCCGUGUAGCUCUGCGGGGAGAUGCGGCAGCAGCUAGCCGUUAGCUCCGCAGCUGUUAUGUAAGAGCGGAGCGAGUAGCCGCGCAGCUCACGUUAGCCGCCGCCAUGAAUGACGCGCAGCAAGAAAUGUCUCCAGACUUCGUGCUCAUGCGGCUCGUAUCCGCCGCGGAGUACGACCGGCUGGACGAGCCCGACGACCUGAUGUCCGGAGGCGGCGGGUUCGGCCCUGUCAAAGCCGCGCUGGGACGCCGCGGCGGCGGGUUUGAUCUGGACUCCGGCGGCCCCUCGGCAGGCCUCGGCUCAGCAUCCCCGCACUACAGCUCCCCACUAGCCGGGAAAGGUGAAUUGAGCGGCGGGCUGGGGCUGACACAACCCCCGCCGUGCUCCGAGGCGCCGCUGUCCCCCCCUCCGCCCGAGGAGUUCUCCGUUGCGGCGCAGCAGUUUGUGGACUUCCAGGUGCCGCACGGACACGGUUCAGGGGGGCACGGAUCGAGGGCGCAACUGAUGGUGCUUCAGAACCUGCUGCGGUCUGGGGACCGGAUCCUGGAGUGCGGGCUGGAGCAGCCGCCCCCGGGAUUCCUGCAGGAGGAGGCAGAGCGACAGAGACAGCAACUGGAUCCGGGAUCAGGGACGGUUCCUGGUAGCACAACAACCGGUCCUGCGCCUGGAGGCAGAAAGGACCAGAACCCUUCUGCACAGGAGAACCUGCAGCCGCAGCAGCUCCUGCAGUGGCACCCGGUCCUGAGGCUAGGAUCCCAGGACUCCCAGCAGGGUGUCUCGGCUCUGGAAUCUGAGUCUGGGUCAGUCCUGUGCCACAGACACCGCCUGCUGACUGACCGGUUGGCUAAGUGGCCCCCGGGCCUGCUGGACCAAGCCCUGCGAGUGGGGCUGCUGGAGCCCAGGAAGACCUGUCCCUCUGGGGGUCAGGACCUAGUCCUGGCUCCUGUCCAGAGACUGGGUCACCCGGGUGAGGGCAGGGAGGGACGUGGGGGACAGAACCUGGUGCUCCCCCUCCCUCGCUGCUCUUGCCAUGGGGUUUUAGCCUCGGGGUCAGGGGGCAUUGGGCCUGGCGAGGAUCCAAGCGAGACCAGCGAUGCCCUGCUAGUCCUGGAGGGUCUGGGGUCUGAGGAGGUGGCAGGACUUGGAGAGGAGGGUGGGGACAGAGAGGGGGACGACACAGAUAAAACUGAGCGGGUCGUGGGUGGGGGGACACCUGGGGGGGCAGGGCCUGUGUUCUCCAGUGGGACUCUGAGCGGUCUAAUGCGGCAGGUCCACAGACUGGCGGAGGAGGCGGGGGUCUGCACCGACCAGAGCUGCCGGUCCUCGCUUGCUGUCCUUGGAGCUGCCGUUUCACUCCCCUCCUGUGUAGACCCCCGUCCUCCCAUCACCAGCACCCCUUGCCCGUACCCACCUGUCCGUCUGCCACCCCCCCAGACCGUCACAGUCCUCCCUGACCCUCUCCCUGACCCCCUCCUGUCCUCUGAUCUGAACAGUCGACCGCAGCAUCAGCACCAGUCUCGCUCCCAGCCCCAGAGCCGUGCUGCUACCCCGAAACUGGGUGUAGCCUCUGGGGGAGGGGGGCGGGCUGCCUCACCUCUGGUGGUCCUGGAGGGGGAGGUGGGUGGAGGAGGAAAGGAGGGGGAGAAGACGCCACGGGGGAAGUCGAGGAAGGGAGGGUCCCUGAAAGUCCGACUCAGUAAGCUGUUCAGGACCAAGAGCUCGAGCGGCGGCUCAGGGGGCCUGCUGGACAAGAGACCGUCUCUGGCAUCGUCCACGUCAUCGGGGGGCAGCCUUCUGGACGUGUGGGGGUCCAUCUGCAGCAACCCAGACCAGGAUGGCAGGCUGCAGGUAUCCAGACCUCACAGUGCCUUCUCUCCGGUGCCCUUCACCCCCGCUUUCACCGGUGAGACGGUCUCUCUGGUCGAUGUGGAUAUUUCUCGCAGGGGGGGGAACGCUCUCCACCCCCCCACUCCUCCUCCCCCUCCCCGACGGAGCCUCAGUCUGCUCGAUGAUUUCGGGGGUCCUCUGCAGCAGCACGGCCCCUUCAUGGAGCGCAGCGCCGGGGCGUCCAUGCAGUCGCUGCCCCCCCGACCCAUGGCCCUGCCCCCCUCCCUCAGCACUAUCCAGCACAGCCUGAGCCUCAAUGACACCUUCCUGCGAGGUUUACCCCGACCCAUCCCUCUGCGGCCCGACGGGCAGCACCCCCCGCCCCGGCUCGCCCCCCGCUGCCCCCUCAGUCGACCUGACGCCGGCAGCUUCGCCACCAGCCUCAGAGAGCUGGAGAAGUGCGGCUGGUACUGGGGGCCGAUGAACUGGGAGGAUGCGGAGAUGAAGCUGAAGGGGAAACCGGACGGCUCGUUUCUGGUGCGGGACAGUUCAGAUCCGCGGUACAUCCUGAGUCUGAGCUUCAGGUCGCAGGGAGUCACACACCACACACGUAUGGAGCACUACAGAGGGACGUUCAGUCUGUGGUGUCACCCGAAGUUCGAGGACCGCUGUCACUCUGUGGUGGAGUUCAUCGAGCGAGCCAUCAUGCACUCCAAGAACGGAAAGUUCCUGUACUUCCUGCGCUCCCGAGUCCCAGGUCUGCCCCCGACCCCGGUCCAGCUCCUGUACCCGGUCUCAAGGUUCAGCAGCGUCAAGUCUCUGCAGCAUCUCUGUCGCUUCUGCAUCAGACAGCUGGUCCGGAUAGACCACAUCGCGGAGCUGCCGCUGCCCACGCCUCUGAUCGCCUACCUGAGGAAGUUUUAUUACUACGACCCCGAAGAGGAGAUCAGCCCCACGCUGAAGGAGGAGAAGGAGCCGAAGGAGGAGAAGGAGCGGGGGUCGGAGAGCGGCGGCCAGCCGGGGGUCGAGUCCCAAACGUAGCACCAGAGCCAGCGUCGUUUCUUUUCUUUGUUUCUCGGACUUGAUCACUGAAAGACGUUCAAACUUUCAAACUGAACUCUUGGACUUCAGCCAAUCGCUCCCUCCGCUCAGUCCUGUAUCUGGGCGGGUUUCAGAUGAUCCGCCCUCCUCCGGGCUCUCCGAUCGGCUCACGGGGAGUCGACAGGGGAGGGGUCGGGGAUGUGGAGACUCCGCCUCUCUUGAUGUCAUCACUGAGCAGCUGGACUGAAGGAAACAUGAGGCUGCUGUUAGUGAAGAAGCUAAAAUCAGUAGAAGUGAAGCUGAGAAACUGUCGGUCGCCUCUGGGAUCCUGUAACAGGAAGCAGCACUUUCAGGGUCUGGGGUGAUCUUUGUGGUCCUCAGAGCAGAACACGGUACAAAUACAUCCCGACUCAAAGCCCGCUUCAGUUAGCUGGAGCGCUGAACCACAAACAUGAGGCGCUGAGCCUGAGCGUUAAAGUGGUGAAACAGAGAUGCACUAAAGCUGAAGCUAUUAAAGUAAAUGCCAGUUAUUUCCAGCUUUGUGUCAUCUCAUCGUAAGCUGAAUGUUUUCUGUUUUAAAUUAAAACUAAACUGCCUGAAAGGCGACUUUGUUCUGAUUGGCCGACCUCAGGAAGCCUGCUGAGGGGCAGGCCUCAUUGUCGGAGUAGAAAAACUGUUGUAAGCUGGGUUUUUGUUAAGAGGCGCACGCACUGAGCUCAUGUCAGGAGGUCACAUGAUGGUGAAACUAUGAGCAGCUGAAAGCUCUCAGCUUCAUUUGCUCCUCGUAAUAAAUACGUGUUUAUGAAGGCGGGAUGGGCUCCGCCACUUCCUGUGGAGGCUUCAGGGAUCUGGUGCUGUCACAGCCAUCGAUAGAUCCUCAAACGUCCGCCAGCUUUAAGAAUCUGGGAGAUGUUUUUGGAUUUUGUGACUGACCUGAAAAUUUUACCUGGUGAACGACAAAGGCUGCAGGUGUGUUUCUGUUAAACACACAGGUGUAGCUGGAACCACCAUGAGGGGCUGUGCAGGUGUUCCGUCUCUGACAGUUUGAGUUGACCUCUCAAACAUUCGUUCUUCUCGGUCUCACGGGGUCGUUUGAGUCCGUAACGAGCUGCUGUCACCUGAUUGGCUGGGCCUCCUGCCGCUCGUUUACCUCCACACUAGACUGUUGUUCAGUGUUGUGUAGCUUCUCUGUUUGCACCGGGUGACUGUUGUGUGUUUAAAACAGUCUUGAAGGUGAGUCGUUACAAACCACUUCACCUGUCUGCGCUGUAGCUUUAGCACUGCAGGUGUGGGACAGGUGGAGUCUGAAAGUAGCCUCAGAGGGAGGACUGCACCUUUUUCACUGAAGUGGCAGAUUAAGGUCAUAUUCUCAUGUUUGUUUGUGUUCAUUAAUGUCGGCAUCGUCCCGGGAAACAAACCCUGCUUUCAGUUUGUGUGACAGUGUGUCCAGUUACAGGCCGAUGCAACAACACACAAACCAGCAGCUGUCUGUUGUCUCCGUCGCUGCUGUCUCGGCGUCACAGUCGGAGCCACGGUCCUUCGCCGUGACUGCUUCAGGGCGGAGUUACAACCAGAUGAGCCAUCGAGUUCUUUAGUGAAGCCCAAAUAAAUGUGAAGUCAGACCCAGAGAGUUCAAACCCUGCCUGCUUUCACACCAGACCAAUCAGUGCACAGAACUGGUGUGAAUGAUCCAGCAGGUGCUUUUUGGGCGGCAGGAACCUCUCAUUCCUGUACCUGUCACACCUGGAGCUGUGGGAGUCCCGCCUCCUGUUUGUGAGCCACAGGUGUUCGCUCCAAAAGCGUUUCUAACAGGAGGCGUCAGGUGGGGUCUCGGGUGGGUGUCAGGUGGUGUUUGAGGCUCUCUCAGACCUGUAAUAAAGAAUAUUCAUCUCUUGAGCUGUAACAUAAACGAUGUUCAGAGUGUCUGCAGAUGUUUCGGUUCCCAGAUGUUUGCGAUGUCGUGCACUGUCACGGGAUCCCGGAGGCGACCGCCGCUCCGACUGUUGGGGCGUCAUUACCAAAAAGAGGAAGGAGGAGGCUUUUACUGUGACGACUACUGAGCUGCAGCUUCCUGAGGCUCCGCUGGAGCGAGCUGACGCUGGGACACUGGAGCGGGGACGCGCGCCCUGCAGCACUUCCAUGAUGUCAAACAGUGAACGCGGGCGUUAAAUCUGCACACUGAAGGACUGCAGACGUGCUGUUUUAUU